AUGCAGGCAGAGAACCCUCAAAAAGAAUCCCCCCUAGGGGGGCCCCAGGCUGGGGCCCCUGUGCAUGUUGUACAGGAAACAGACGGAGCUACUACAUCAAAUAUAAGAACAAACUACAGCAGCAGCAGCAGCAACAGCAGCAACAGCAUCAGCAACGGAGUGUUCUCUGCAGCAGCAAUAACGUCAAAACAGAGUCCUGUAACACAGGGCGCUGCUGCUGCUGCUGCUCCUGCUCUGCCGGCUGAUGUGGCAGCAGCAGCUGCUGCUGCUCCUGCUGGGCUGGCUGAUGUGGCAGCAGCAGCAGCUGCUGCUGCUACAUCUGCUCCCGCUGCAGAUUCGGCGGUGUCUGCUGCAGCAGGAGAGGAGGUAACUGCUGCUGCUGCAGCAGAGGCGGUAUCUGCUGCAGCAGCAGCAACGGAGAUGUCUGCUGCGGCAGCAGCAGCGGAGAUGUCUGCUGCAGCAGCAGCAGAGGCGGUGUCUGCUUCUGCAGCAGCAACAGGUGCAGUAUCUGCUGCAACAGCAGCAGAUACCGAAGCUAUUUCUAGCAGCGCUGCAUUUACUUUCUUAGGAUGUGAGUUAGGAAGAGAGGAAGAUAAACCCGAGGCCCCUUGGGGGCCCCCUGAGUGCAGCAGAACCUACAGGAAGCGCAGCAGGGGCCCCUGCAGCAAUGCAGCAGAGAAGACUCGUUUCUCAGAAGCAGCAGCAGCAGGAGCAGCAGCAGCAGAAACAGAAGAAGCAGAAACAGAAGAAGCAGAAACAGCAGCAGCAUCAUCAGCCACAUACGGCAGCCGAAGAAAGAGGUUUAAGGGGUCAGCAGGCAGCAGCAACAGCAGCAGCAGCAUAAACAGCAGCAGCAGCAGCAAUAACAACUCAUUGAUGCAUCCUCGUUCUCGUUUCUUUGGGGGCCCCCUGAACUUUCAGAAGUUGGCGGAAGAGGCCCCUGAUUUGCAUGCAUUUAUAAUUAAAAGUAGAAAUAAGAAAGAAGCAACGUUUGAUUUUCACAGUAGAGAGGCGCAGCUAUCGCUGUGUAUUGCUUUAUUCAGGUGUAUAUACAGCUUGAGCUUCUCUCUCCCUCUACAUCACAACCUUCUUAUUCCCGCUUUACCUAACCGCAGCAACUAUAUCCACUUCCUCGCUGAUCUUCUAUCACCUGAAGAGGGUUUAGCUUCCCCUAGGGGGCCCCCCAUCCCUGGGGGGGCCCCCUACCUAUUGAUACCCCCUUCAUUAGCUGCAGCAGCAGCAGCAAACGAAGCAGACACGCAGCACGUGGGGGCCCCCCAUCAGGGGGCCCCCCAUCAGGGGGCCCCUAAUGAAAGAAGUGGGGGCCCCCCGAGGGGCCCCCAAGUGAGGAUAAUGGAUAUUGGUGUAGGAGGCAAUUGUGUAUACCCUUUGCUCGGCGUUUCUGAUUAUAGUUGGUCGUUUGUUGGUUCAGAUAUAUCUGAAUUAUCGUUAUCAGUGGCUGAGGAGAAUGUGCGAGCAAAUAAAUACGAGGUGUAUAUACAGCUGAGGCAGCAGCAGCAGCAGCAGCAGAUCUUUAAAGGGGUUGUAUUCGAUGCUGACCCCCUAUUUGCUGCUUCUGUUUGCAACCCUCCUUUUUAUGCAAAUGAAGAAAGCGUCGGUAUAAACCCAAGAAGAGAAAAAGGUGGAAGGGCGCAUGAAUUAAUUUGUGAAGGGGGAGAAGAGGCUUUUCUGAGGUGUAUGUACACCGAAAGCAAACAAUUCGCAAGACAUUUUAUUUGGUUUACUUCGCUCGUCGCCAGGGCCUCCACACGAAAUCAAAUUAAAAGACUUAUUCAACAGGGGAUGCGACAAGCAGGCAUCAAGCAGAAAAUAGCGAUGGACAAACACUUGCAAACCUGGGUCAGCAAAUACAAUAGUUGCAGCAGCAACUGCAGCAGCAGCAGCAGCAACAACUGCAACAGCAACGGCUGCAACACAAACAACAGCAAUAAUGAGACCAGCACCAACUACAGCAACAACACUGGCAACACCAGCAACGUCAGCAGCAACAGCAGCAACAGCGCGAACAGCAGCAGCAGCAGCAGCAGCAGCAGCGAAGUGCAGGAGGAGGUGGAGAUGCAUCCUCGGGAGUUGCGAGUGUUCGACUUAUUUCAGGGGAAGCAAACUCGAUGGGUUGUUUGCUGGACAUUCUGGACAGCAGACCAAAGGAGGGUUCUGCGGCAGUUAAUAACAAAAGAAUAA